GUUUACACUACACUCGCUGAAGUUAGCUAGCUUCAACAUUAUUAUACAAAACCUCACCAAAAUGUCUUCGAAAAGUCGGGAUAACGACGACAACUUUGAAGGACAGUCUGCACAUAAGGAGGAAAUGAACAGAAAGAUCAAGGAGCAGAAGGUUGUAGUGGACGAGCUCUCCAAUCUGAAGAAAAACAGGAAAGUCUACAUCCAGCAGAGGAACAGUAACAUAUUCUUCCUAGCAGACAGAAGUCAGACACUGGGUUUGUGCAAAAAGGAACUGGAUAACAUGAAAAAGGAUCUGCAGGAUAUGUAAGACGGACCCUUACCACAACAAUGUGUGGCAUCUUUUGUCUGUUGAGUCUGUCAUCCACUCAGUUUGAGUGGGACAAAACCGUUCAUGAACAUUUGAA